CGACGUCGAGUACACACCAGGAGCCAUGAAGCAUUGACUGACUGCUCCGUGUCGCGUCGGUUCUGCCGUACGCCAUGGGAAAGUUGAUCUUAAACGCGUCACAGAAUCCAUGGAAAAGUAUUGAGGGAGACAGCCGCCAUCAUGCCUUACAACAUUGCUAUGGUCAGCGACUUCUUCUUCCCACAACCUGGCGGAGUUGAGAGUCACAUAUACCAGUUAUCUUCGAAACUCAUAGACCGUGGGCACAAAGUCAUUAUCAUCACUCAUGCUUAUAAAGGCCGAACCGGCGUUCGCUACCUUACCAACGGCUUGAAAGUCUACCAUGUCCCCUUUUUCGUGAUAUAUCGGGAGACAACCUUCCCAACCGUCUUCUCCUUCUUCCCCAUCUUUCGCAAUAUCAUCAUACGGGAGCAGAUCGAGAUAGUACAUGGUCAUGGGAGUCUGAGUAACUUCUGCCAUGAAGCUAUCCUCCAUGCUCGAACGAUGGGCCUGCGGACGGUCUUCACAGACCAUUCGCUAUUCGGCUUUGCAGAUGCAGCUUCGAUUCUAACAAACAAGUUGCUCAAGUUUACAUUAAGUGACGUCGAUCAUGUCAUAUGCGUGAGCCAUACUUGCAAGGAAAACACAGUUUUACGCGCAUCCCUAGACCCACUUAUGGUGUCUGUGAUCCCUAAUGCUGUCGUCGCAGAGAACUUUCGACCCAAAUCAUACAAUCCACGACCAAGCAGACCACUAGCCCCCCCGUCUGAAGUGCCACAGCGCAUUGGGCCGAAUGAUACCAUCACCAUUGUUGUUAUUUCUCGACUGUUCUACAAUAAAGGAACGGAUCUACUGAUUGCUGCCAUCCCACGCAUCCUAGCCUCCCACCCGAACGUGCGGUUCGUCAUCGCAGGCUCCGGACCAAAAGCCAUUGAUUUGGAGCAAAUGCUGGAACGGAAUGUGCUGCAGGACAAAGUGGAGCUUGUGGGACCUGUGCGCCACGAGCAGGUGCGCGAUGUCAUGGUUCGAGGACAUAUUUAUCUCCAUCCGAGUUUGACAGAGGCGUUCGGUACGGUCAUCGUUGAGGCUGCCAGCUGCGGACUCUACGUGGUCUGCACCCGGGUCGGUGGUAUCCCGGAAGUUUUACCCCAGCACAUGACGACUUUUGCAAAACCGGAAGAGGACGACUUGGUGGCAGCUACGGGUAAGGCCAUCGCUGCCUUGCGUUCGAACAAGGUUCGUACGGACCGUUUCCACGAUCAAGUGAAGAUGAUGUAUUCCUGGACCGACGUGGCUCAGCGGACUGAACGAGUAUACAACGGUAUCUGCGGAGCCAUUAGCCAAGAGGAAUUCUAUGGUUGUUACCCGGGACAAGGCUGGGAAGCCACCCGAGACCGCAUCCGCAGCUUCGCUUUGAUCGAUCGGUUGAAGCGGUACUACGGCUGCGGUGUCUGGGCGGGGAAGUUGUUUUGCCUCUGCGUGGUUAUCGACUUUCUUAUCUACGUCUUCCUUGAGAUGUGGUGGCCGCGGGCGAGCAUCGAUAUCGCCCGGAGUUGGCCAAAGAAGUUGAGCAGACAGGAUGACGCCGAAAUAAACAGAAUUCAGGCUACACAAGAACGUCACCGUUCGAUCUCGUGACGCGCUUGAAACCCAUUGUAUAUUACUGGAUCAAUGUCUUCGGGAGGGGACUGAGGGAGGGAGGUAUACGUCUUUCGAUUCUUCAGUUAUAUUCAUUUCUUCAUGAUAGAUUUUUUA